AUGUCCUGGUUGCCGUCUCAUGUUGUCCUCGUUCUCUCUCCACAGCAACCCAACAUCAAGCAGAAGUUUGUCGCCUUGCUGAAAAGGUUUAAAGUCACUGAUGAGGUCGGUUUUGGCCUGGAGCAUGUGUCGAGGGAGCAGAUCCAGGAGGUGGAGGAGGAUCUGGACGAGCUCUACGACAGCCUGGAGAUGUACAACCCCAGCGACAGUGGGCCGGAGAUGGAGGAGACCGACAGCAUCCUCAGCACGCCCAAACCUAAGCUAAGGCCCUUCUUCGAGGGAAUGUCCCAGUCCAGCUCCCAGACGGAGAUCGGCAGUCUGAACAGCAAAGGCAGUUUGGGUCGAGACACUUUCAGCCCGCAGGGGGAGCAGCCUCCUAUAGAGAAGAUGAAGCUCUCUCGCAGCCGCAACCUGGAGGAGGCCCUGUCUGAGACCGACACUCUGGAGCUAACGGAUCAGGAGCUGUUCGCUGAGGUGGGCCCCUACAUCACGGUGUCGGUGGCAGAGAAACCCCGUACACCUCUGAAAAGCAGCAAAAGUGAAACCCAGGCAAUGCCGUCUCCAAGGAUGGACGGAGGCCACACGCCCAGACAGAAGCGCAUCAGCACUCCCAUGAAGGAGAGGCAGCUGUCCAAACCUUUGAGUGAACGGACCAACAGCUCCGACUCGGAGAGAUCCCCGGAGCUGGGACACAGCACGCCGCUCCUCAGGAAGGUAGUGUACGACCAGCUGAACCAGAUUCUGUUGUCGGACUCUGGGCUCCCAGAGAGCCUGAUCUUGGUCAACGGCACCGACUGGCAGGGGCAGUAUGUUGUAGAGCAGCUGCAGGUCCAGAGACUCAAGCAGUGCAGAAAUGAUUGUGAUUUUGUGCGCGUGUUAUCCACAGGCGGUGGUGUUGGGGAGCAGCGGUGA